AUGCCCCGUCUCGGAGCUGCGGCGCCAGCUGGUGGGUGUGCGGCCCCUCCCGUAAGGCUGUCUGCUUCACCGAACGAGGUCGUGACUGACGUGGAGAAACGUGUCUGUGCAGCAGUGCCCACGUCGAACCGGUCCGCCGUCGGCUUUACCAAACCUCCUACUGACAUUAUCCCGAGGAGAGCUGGCCUCUUGGACGAAUUCACGUCAUCGAUCCCCCAACCCACCUCGUCUUUCACAAAACAGCAUCUCAGUCACUCCUUCUUCUCUCUUCCAGAUUUGCAAUUCUUCAAUUCACUGGACUUUCAUAACCCUCCUUUCGUGAUGAAGUGGUUCAUUUCCGCUACCGGCUCACUCCUUCUCCUCGCCGGAUCUGCCGCAUCAGCUUUCGCGGCGGCUGCCUCGGACAAAAGCGCCCAUCACAGCGAGACCAAACCAUGUGUGGCUCGGUCGCCAACGAGCGGUCUCUUCUUCGACCUCAAUGCCAUCUCUCUUACACCCCCGGAAUCCAAAAACGGCCAGAAGACCGUCAAGGAUGCGCGGGAGGAAAGCUGGCACGCCCGCGGGCACGACUACCCCGCGAAUUUCACCAUCAAUAUCUGUGCGCCUGUCGUGGAGAGGGUCAAGGACGUCGUCGGAGUCGACUCGGCGCGAUGGAAGAAUGUUAGCGCGUUCUAUGAGCAAGCCGGCAAGAUCUAUUCAAUAGGUGAACAAGCAUCUGAGCCCUUCUUCCGCGGUCGCAAACUUGUCCUCAAUUACACCAAUGGCUCCCCUUGUUCCGAUGACGUGAAAUCGGCCGGCAAGAAUGCAUCGAUGCGCACCAAGUCUACCAUUAUGUCCUUCCUCUGUGAUCGCGAUGCGCCCGCGAAUCAGGCCACGCCGUCCUUUGUGGGCACUAUGGACUCUUGCACAUACUUCUUCGAGGUUCGCAGCUCGGCCGCCUGUGGUGGAGUUGCUGCGGACCCGAGCGCUGGCGGGCUUGGACCGGGCGGUGUUUUCGGUGUCAUUGUGCUCAUUGCCGUGGCGGCAUAUAUGAUCGGUGGCUGUGCAUACCAGCGGACUGUCAUGCACCAGCGCGGGUGGCGUCAGUGUCCGAACUUCAGCCUUUGGGCGGGGAUGGUUGAUUUUAUCAAGGACAUGUUUGUCAUCCUCUUCUCCUCCCUUGGCAGAUGUCUGCGACUCAACCGAUCUUCCUCCAGCGGCGACUACUCCCGUGCCAGCGGUGACGGCCGCAGCGGAAUCAUGGGCGCAUUUGGUGGGCGAGGGUCUGCUGGCUCUGGUAGUCGUCGUGACGUUGAUGCCGAGAAUCGACUUAUAGACCAACUCGAUGAAGAGUGGGAGGAUUAG